UGAGUUUCCAAAGAAAGGAAACAACUCCCAUGGGGUUUUGCCCAGUUCCUGUCUGCCCCGCAGGACGCACAGCCGAAGCCCCAGCCUCCUCAUCUGGGCCUGGGGCUGGGGAGUGGAAGCAGCCGAUGGGCCUGGAGGACACUGUCCCAGCCUGGGUACAGCCAUCGGCCACUAAUCCCCAGCCUUGGAAUGUCUGCAAGCCAAUCAGCAGGGUCUCUGAGGGCUCCCCGAGGGUGCCAAUAAUCCUGCAAUGAUUAGCAGGGGCCACGAGCGGAGCCUGACUCCUUGAGUUUGUGAAUAGCUCCAUCCAGCCCAGGGAGGAGCUGGACGGCUGAGCCAGGCUAUCCCUGCAGUGCCCGACAGGCCCAUGCUGCCGCUGGCGCCCUCCCCAGGGCCGGGAGGCCAGGGCCAUCCGCCGGGCCUCCUGUCCGUGCUCCUGGCUCUCCUCGGCAUUGCCUGGGCAGAAGUGUGGCCACCCCAGCUGCCAGAGCAGGCUCCGGUGCCGGGAGCCCUGAGCAGAAAGCAGAGUUUCUUGCUCCUGUCCCUGCACAACCGCCUGCGCAGCUGGGUGCAGCCCCCCGCGGCCAACAUGCGGAGAAUGGACUGGAGUGAGAACCUGGCUCAGCUGGCGCAAGCCAGGGCAGCCCUCUGUGGCAAGCCGGCCCCAGACCUGGCAUCUGCCCCGUGGCGCACCCCACAGGUGGGCUGGAACAUGCAGCUGCUGCCCACAGGCUCAGUGUCCUUUGUUGAGGUGAUCAACUUCUGGUUUGCCGAGGGGCAGCAGUACAGCCACGAAGCAGCUGAGUGUGCCCGUAACGCCACCUGCACCCAUUACACUCAGCUUGUGUGGGCCACCUCGAGCCAGCUGGGCUGCGGGCGGCACCUGUGCUCUGUGGGCCAGGCAGCGAUGGAAGCCUUUGUCUGUGCCUACUCCCCCGGAGGCAACUGGGAGGUAAACGGGAAGACAAUUGUCCCCUAUAAGAAGGGCGCCUGGUGUUCCCUCUGCACAGCCAGUGUCUCGGGCUGCUUCAAGGCCUGGGACCACGCAGGGGGGCUCUGUGAGGUCCCCAGAAACCCAUGUCGAAUGAGCUGCCGGAACCAGGGACAUCUCAACAUUAGCACCUGCCACUGCCACUGUCUGCCUGGCUACACAGGCAGAUACUGCCAAGUGCGGUGCAGCGUGCAGUGUGUACACGGCCACUUCCGGGAAGAGGAGUGCUCCUGUGUCUGUGACGUCGGCUACGGGGGAGCCCAGUGCGCCACCAAGGUGCGCUUUCCUUUCCACACCUGUGACCUGAGGAUCGACGGGGACUGUUUCACCGUGUCUUCGGAGGCAGACACUUAUUAUGGAGCCAAGAUAAAAUGUCAGGGAAAGGGUGGGGUGCUGGCCCAGAUUGAGAGCCAGAAAGUGCAGGACAUCCUCGCCUUCUACCUGGGCCGCCUGGAGACUACCAAUGAGGUGACUGACAGCGACUUUGAGACCAGGAACUUCUGGAUUGGUUCGGCAACUGUGUGGAGCUGCAGGCAUCGUCUGCCUUCAACUGGAAUGACCAACGCUGUAAAACUCGGAACCGUUACAUCUGCCAGUUUGCUCAGGAGCACAUUUCCCGGUGGGAUCCAGGGCCUUGAGCCUGGCCAGGCAGCUCUCCUGCCAGCCCCUGGGUGCACCAGCCCUGCUUGCCUAUCCGCUCACCUGGGCAAAACUGCAGCCAGGCUGGGGUUGCACGCCUAACGUCCAGAGAUCUCAGACUUUGCAGGAAGUUGGGCAGAGUGGCAGCGAAGCCAGUGCGUGAAGGAGAGGAGCCUGACUUGGGAAAAGGACAGCCUGGAACCCUCGACUUUCUUCUUUGAUCAGGAAGAUGGGCUUCCAGGUGUUACAGCAGAAAUUAGAGCCUGCAGUUGGAAGAGCUGAACUCUCGGGCACAGCUGGAGUUUUCCUCACCAGAUGCACCCACAAGAAUUAAACUAAGUUAUAAAUCA